CACUGUUCUUAGGCAGUCAAUGGACCGAGGUGGUCAUGCUGUGAGCGAGAAACAAGUACUGAUAUCCACGAUUACGACAAAACACAAGCCACGUCCAGCGUCAACAGAUCGCCCUCCUUUAUUUUCCGACCCUGUCCCUCGUACCCCGCAAUUUCGAUACAACCUUUGGGCGUCCACACAACAAGCAGCGGCAACGAUAUGAGUCUCAAGGCCAGUUCCAAAUGGGGCAAGCUGCUGCGCAAGAACGAUGCCUCGGACAAGAAUUUCAAGCUCAAUGAAGAUGUCGUUGACUUUCUCAAGCCAUCAACAGAGAAAGAGAGGAUUCCUGGCGAAGGCACGCGACAGCUGGCUGCUCCGCGUAUCGACACCGCUGCUGCGCAGAGAUGGCCAGAGGCUUCAGAUGUGAGGAGAGCGGCUACAAGCCCCCCUGAACCAACAUACUCGACAAAGCCAAAGAGGAAAAAGAACGUCACAGUCGCAUUUGUAAGGACACCACCAGAGAUCAUUGGAGAGGGCGGUGACGAGUCGGACGUUCCAGUCAUCGAGGUUUCAAGAGCAAAGUCAAGAUUGGCAAGAUCACAAACAGAGCGACGACCUGCGGCCCCUGUGCUAGACACUCAGGCAGCCGAGAAGCACCGCCAGGCAGCGAGUUAUCCUAUGAGCGCUCCUGCCGUUCGCAAUGUCUACCAACGAAAGAACUCGCUGGCCGAUCCGACACAUCCUGUAAACCAUCCCUUUUUCGAGUCGCAGCCUCAACCCGUACCUCCACCAGUGCCUGAACACGCUCCGCAAGAUGACGCUCCGAGACCUGGCAUGCUCAAGCGUGCUCCUACCACUUUCAGCAGUCUUGAAGACCACGAAAUGUCACCAAUGAGUGAUAACGAAGAAGUCCCACCUCUACCCCCGCAUAUCGAACUUCCCAUGACAACGAUAAAUCCUUCUGAGCCCCCUUUCUCCCCUCCAAUAACGGACAACACAGAGCUGGCCAGUUUCUUGCAAGACUCUCCACCACAACCUCGCUCUUUACCUCCACGCGUGGCCAAACGCCAGAGCAUGAUCCGAGAAGAAGAAGGCAGAGUUCUGCGACGCUUGUCACGACUUGAUUAUGAAGAAGUAUCCCCUGAGGAGUUGGAUCCGCGUAGACCGCCUAGUCCAAAUUCUCCUCCUCGACAGAGCAGAUCUCGUAGUCCACAACUGCCCAUGGUCGCGCCUACUGACUUCAUCUCCGAGAUCCCUGACCAUCUCAGAUCCGCAUCUCCUGAUCAGGCACCACCUCCCAUUGUACUUCCACAUCGAUCACACCCGCUUCCAGAAAUUCCUGGCCAGCACGAUGGUUUUGUCAGGGCGGAAGUACCUCCCAUCCAGACUAGGAACAUGCAACCGUCUUUUUCUUCUUCUCACUAUACGAACGACUCGGCACACUCAGCUUCGAGCUACCGACAACGAUUACCCUCCGACUUCAUGCCUUCUUCAUCACCAGCUUCUUCGGUCCGCUCUGCUUCUCUACAGCCAAACAACUUUUCGCGACCGGUGAAUCCAUCAGCUAGUCAUCCUCUGCCUCCACCUCCCAGCCGUGGCCCAAGUCGUGGUCCGAGCCCAAGCUACUUCUCCCAGCAAUCUCUGGCCCCUCAUGCAGCGAAUGUCAACGGUCUAACCCCCGGACUUACCCCUGGUCUCACCCCUGGACUGCUUCCUGCACCUUCGUAUGACGCAAACGGCAGAUCCAAUUCUGCGUUUUCCUACCGUAACGCGUCUCCAUCAGAGCACGUCCAGGGUACUGCAGAGCAUGACGCUCUCUUCGAUUUCGGCAUGCGUGUCGCGCACAUGAGAGGUGUGUUCCGCCUCACCGCUGAGCGCGAACGACCGAUCCAAAGCUGUACUAUCCGGGAGUGGACUCGCGCUGCAAUAUGGUGGCUACACAAGGGUCGCGCAGGUCUGACCGCCCAGAUUCGCAGUACACCAAAAGGAGCAAACAGACCCGAAACUCUCACGCAAGCACAUGUUGAUGUUGCAAAAACGUGGUGGAUCCUUACAGAUGUGUUGUCUGGUGCCGAUUCACCACACUCAAAAAUUGACUCUCCACAAGAUACUCUUCUGCGAGACAUGGAUGUCGUACGCGCAAGUCUACGCUCUUUUACACUCUCGAUGAGCCGUAACAACGUUAUGCCUCCCCAUCAAUCUCUGAUUCAAGGCCAAGAUACUACCAUGUGGAUCGAGUAUCCUCGUUUUGCGUCUGAUGUCGCAUCUCUUCUUCGCGGAAGCACCUCUCAGGCGUUGAUCGCCCAAGAUGACUACGAAGAAGCGGAUCCCUUGGAAGCCUUACCACUUGGUGAUACGAGAGAUGUAUUUUGCUACAGCAGGAUGUUUGUCAGCGCAUCAAUAAACACGGAAGAAGUGGACACCGAUCGUGUCAUCCUGCCCUGCGUUCUCACCAUGAUCAGGAGCAAGUCUUCGUUCCAGACUUCGGUUGUGAUCUCGAGUCAAGCAGAUCUGGUGAAUCUGGAAAUCAGACCUGGAGAUGGUGGAUAUGGUAAGGGACCUACUUGGCAUGAUGUUAGCUGGAAGUCGAAAGAGCAUGGUCUGUACAUCCGUCUUCCACGCGGUUUUACUCUCAAUCUCGCUUUCCAGGAACCGGAUUUCCGUGCGUUGUGGAGUAUGGUCGACUAUACGAACAAGAUUUAUGGCAGCAUGAAGCCCGAGGCUGAUGAGAGGAUAAUCCAUGAAGCGCAUCUGAUCGAGCUCGCACAUACUGACUCUACCAAUCCUAAUGCCUUCUCCAAGGACAAGGUCCGAUCUUGCACUGCUUUUGUGUUUGAGAAAAGGCUGCACACUCGUACUGGACUCGGAGAGACCAAUCUCCAUCGCGGCUUCAGACUUCUGUUGAUGGCCAAUCCAACUAACAAGUCUCUGACCAUGGCUGGCAUUCCUCUCUGCAGAACUUCGCCCCUGCUAUUUGAAAUGUCGGGGGCGAACGAGCCUCCGGUCAUGAAUGUCCAUACGCAAGACUCGAAGAGGCAGUGCAAGACUACGCUUAUGUUCAAGGGUGGCCGUGAACGACAGGACUUUUACGAUGUACUCCAGGGCAUCUCAACAAACGAAGACGAGCAAGUUGUCGCAAGAGUCGGUCUCAGGAGCAUGGUUGCUGAAGCGUCGACCGGACAAGAUACGAUUGCCGGAGCGUUCCAGGGUCUCAUGUGGAAGGAGGUGCGUGUCAUCACUGAGGCCAAUGCAGCAGUCGGACAAGAUCAGGGAGAUAUGACGCUCUCUGAGCAUUUCCGAUUGAUUGCUAUGCAUGAUAGUGGUGCGGUCACUGAUCGAUUGAAUCUUGGCCCUGGUGAGCUCUUGGUACGCCUUCCAGCAUCAGGUGCGCCAAGCAUGUCACUCCUGCGCGCACCACAAGAAGACUUGACAGCAUCCCUCGACAUCAGCAAAGCUCAGCACGGACGCGAAGGAUUGAAGAGAUUCGUACAGACGGCAGCGACCACGCCUACCACCCGCACCUUGACAUUCCCUUCAAUGGAAGAGUUGCAUAACUUCCAGAAGGCACUCACUCGAUACACUGUCAAGUUUGACUGCACCGCCACACUCUUUGCCAUCUCAAGACGCAGAAUGGUAGUGCCCAUCUACAAGAAAUGGGAAGCGACCAAGGUGCGCAUCCAGAUCUUGACAUUGGGCAGCGUCACCAAGAUUGCGGCUUUUUUCGAAGACUUCAGCCAUGCAGAUGCUAUGAUCUUCCAAAUCAAAGCAGCAGAUACGUUUGAGAAAGCCAAAGGAGAUAAGCCAUCCAAAUACUGUGUCAAGUUUGUAGAUGCCAAGUUCAGCUUGCCAAAGAAGGAGAAGGAUGGAGAAGGUGGUGAAGAUGAAACACACUCAGAUUCUCAGGUUUGGGGCAAGGGUGUGCGACGUAAGUUCAUCAACCUUGAGGCACUGGAAUAUGCCGGAGAACACGAUGACAUUACCAUUGGUUUCGAGACGGAAGAUGAACGCGAUAGAUUCUCCGAAGGGCUGCCGGCAGCAACGAUCAACAAGACAUUCCAGCUUAGAAGGAAGAUUUGAAGAGUGUUUGAAGUGUAGCAUUUCGUGUUUCUUUUGUUUCUGCAUAGCGUGGUGAAGGAGUUUGGAUGAGCAUGUGCGAGUGACAGAUGGCGUUGACCGCGAGGCGUAUGAGAUAGAUCUGAGAUGACUCAAAACAUUGAAAUCAACCGCCUACGAGCAAGAGUCGAC